AUGAUCUCCCUCGUUGCCUUCGAUCUUGACGGCACUCUUGCCCUAAGCAAGCAGCCGCUACUGGAUACCAUGGGCGAGGCUCUCGCUGACCUCCUGGGGGUGGCUCAUGUAGCCGUUAUCUCUGGUGGUGACUGGCCACAAUUCCAAAAACAGGUGGUUAACCGCCUGCCAGCACGCGCAGAUCUAUCGAAGCUUUGGCUUAUGCCAACGACUGGCACAAAGUUGUACAAGUACCAGGAUGGAGCUUGGAAGGCAGUGUAUGCAGAACUCUUCAAUGAUGAAGUGAAACGGCAGAUCCUAAUAGCCUUCGACCAAGCCCUGGAAGCAACCGGCUUCAAACCUGAGCAGACCUGGGGAGAUCGUAUUGAAGACCGCGGUAGUCAGAUUACCUUCUCAGCGUUGGGACAAGAGGCGCCUAUCCAUGCCAAAGAGAUCUGGGAUCCAGACUUUGCUAAGCGCAAGAUUAUUCAAGCUGAUUUACGGACCCGUUUACCGGAUGUCUCUAUUAAUAUGGGUGGUGCAACGUCAAUUGAUAUUACACAGAAGGGUGUUAAUAAAGGGUAUGGCUUGAAAAGACUCCGUGAUGCAAGCAAUAUUCCCCUCGAGGAGAUGAUGUUUAUUGGCGAUGCGAUAUUCCCAGGAGGCAAUGAUUAUCCAGCUAAGGAGAUUGGUCUAAAGACUGUCUGUGUUCGGGACCCGGAUGGAACGCUGGCUGCGAUUGCUGCGAUCAUUGCGUGUCUGUCGUAA